CAGGCCCAAUGGUGUCUGUGCCUGCCGGUGUCUGCCCACAUUUGACGAAAGCCUGAGUAGCUCCAUGAAAAAAGGCGUAACUUUAACACCAGCAACAUCUGAUCAGAGAACUGUAACGUUAACUGUAACUAUAGAGAAGUCUUAAGAAAGCAGGGUUUACUUCUAGCAUUUUAUUUAACAUCAAGCAUUGUUUCCACAUGCCCCAACAUGCUGACUGGAAAUACAAGCUGUGCAGCCUCUGUGAUUUUCCUCUGGCUUGUGACUUCAGUGGCUCUGGUAAAAGCAGUGGACAACAUCGAGGGGAAUGCAACUGCUGUUGAGAAACCCAUCCGUCAGUCCCAGUCUUUGUGUGCUGGUGAGCAGGAGUAUGUUGACGAGAGAAAACAAGUAGUCCUGGAGUCACUCAACAGGCUGGGAAUCAACUGUUCUGCAGACUCGGUCCCCCACAUGGCUCUGUUGGGAUCAGGUGGGGGCCAGCGGGCUGCUGUGGGUCUGAUGGGUUCCCUCUAUCAAAUGAAAAAGGAAGAUCUGUUGGACACACUGCUCUACCUGGGAGGAGUCUCUGGGUCAACCUGGUCCAUGACCUCCAUCUACAGUGACCCUCAGUGGAGCACCAACGUGGACGCAGCAGUGUCCAGGCUGUCAGGUCCUGGGGUCGAUCUGGACUAUGCUUUAGUCUGGCUGGAUGAAAAGGCAAAGGAGGAAUAUUUCUCUCUCACUGAUGUCUGGGGAGUCUUGACCUCUGCUGGGAUCAUGAAACAGAUGGACCUACGACAUUUGUCAGAUGAGAUGUACAGAAAUGCUACCAACCCUUACCCCAUCUACAGCGCCAUGGAGAAUGACUGCUCCACAGGGAAUUGGUUCGAGAUGAGCCCUCAUGAGGCUGGUUUCACAGAGUUGGAUGUCUUCAUUGAAACGUCUCUCCUUGGCAGCAAGUUCAAGAACGGAGAGCUGCUGGAGAAGAUGCCAGAGAUGGACAUAGUCCAAUUACAAGGUAUUCUAGGUUGUGCGUUGGCUGAUAAGCAGGCCAUCAUCAACUACAUCCCUGCUUGGCUGAAAGAGGCUGAAUUCAGAGAUGCUGCUGCUGAAGAGUACCUUCGUGUAUACAAUAUCCAAGAUCAAUUCUUAGACCUGACCAGAAGCACCAUUAAUGAUCCUGUUGCUCUGUCUGAGCUGGACCAGCUACAGAAAUUGCUAGAAGAGUAUGUAAAUCAGGACAAGACAGCAAUGCUUUUGUCAAGGAGUACGGAGGAGACGAGAAGUCUUUUUCAGGGCUGGAGUCUGGGACUGGUGAAUACAGUCGAGACCUGGAGCCACAGCUUGGAGAAUGCUACCCUGAAAACACAUGCCACUCUGCUUACUAAGUACGUCCUUCCCAAGAUAUUGAAAUGGGAGUGGGGAACAACAGCAAACUUUCUCCACCAAUACCAAGACUCUACGGUUCCAUCUUGCCUGAGCUCUAAUGAAAGAAUCCACCUGGUGGACGCUGGAUUUCUGAUAAAUGUAGGCUACCCUCCAUUUCUGGGAGACAAGAGAGACAUCGACCUAAUCAUUGCACCAGAGUACAGUGCUGGAAACAUGUUUGAGACUCUGACUCUUGCCAGAGACCAUGCAGCUGAGAUGAAGAUGCCUUUCCCUGAGAUAGACGACAAGAUCCUGGAGGACAGAGACUGGCCAAAGGACUGCUACGUGUUUGAGGGAAAAGAGAAUGAGCCCACAAUCAUCUACCUCCCGCUCUUCAACAGACAAAACUGCAAAGAUGCAAAGGAAUUCAAAGUGAGGAUGGAUGACUUCUCCACCUUCCAGCGUCCCUACAGCCAGGAGAAGAUUGAGUCACUGUUGGAGGUGGCGAAAGCCAACAUAAAGAACAACAAGGAAACUCUGCUGAGGGAGAUUAACAAGGCUGUUCUCCGCCGACACAACAAGAGGUCAUCUGUGCUGAACUAGAUCUCUGAUUCUUGUUUCAUCAUGAUUAUAAAUGAGAUAUAGACUUUACUGUGCAUGAGUGUAAGCUCUGAGCCUCAGGUGGCAGAGAAAACACAGCAUGACACAACCAAUAUGCAAUCAUGUAAUGUAACAACAUAUCGUAUCUUUUUACCUGUACAUUAUGUACGCUAUGUAGCCAAAGUACACAGAUAUCCACUUUUUCAUGUCUUAGCUUAGCUCUCUUAGUUCCAAUGAAGGGAGAUAAUGUUCCAGCAAUAAAUUGCAACAAUUUAUUUGAAGAA